UUUCUAGGAUUCUAAGUUGGUAAAUAUCGCCAUGAAAGAAACACUAAGAUACUUGGCAGGAAUUGCAGGUCCAAGUGGUUACGGCUCAAAAUCGACCGCCGAGCAAGUCACCGUGAAUUGUUGCGCGUCACUCCCGGCACAACUGACGGCAAUAGUCACCGGAGGCACAUCAGGGAUUGGAGCUGAGACAGUUAGGGUGUUAGCAAAGAGGGGAGUGAGAGUAGUGAUUCCUGCAAGGGACUUGAUAAGGGCAGCUCAAGUGAAGGAGGGAAUUCAAAGGGAGACUCCAAAUGCUGAGGUCAUUGUCUUGGAGAUUGAUCUUAGCUCAUUAAUCUCUGUUAGGAGAUUCUGCUCGGAGUUCCUUGCUCUCGGACUACCCCUCAACAUUCUCAUAAAUAAUGCUGGCAUGUUCUCACAGACGUUGGAGUACUCUGAAGACAAAAUUGAGAUGACAUUUGCCACAAAUUACUUGGGACAUUACCUUUUAACGGAAAUGCUGUUGGAAAAGAUGGUGGAAACGGCAGCUAAAACAGGUAUCCAAGGAAGAAUAAUCAAUGUCUCAUCCAUGAUACAUAGCUGGGUGAAAAGAGAAUCCUUCUGCUUCAGUGAAUUGCUCAAUCCAAAAAAUUAUAAUGGAACUCACGCAUAUGCGCAGUCGAAGUUGGCUAGCAUAUUGCAUGUCAAGGAAAUGGCAAGACAACUUAAGGCAAGAAAUGCAAGAGUAACCAUCAAUGCAGUACACCCAGGAAUCGUGAAGACUGGAAUAAUCAGAGCUCACAAGAGCUUUAUCACAGAUUCUGUGUUUUUCGUCGCUUCGAAGUUGUUAAAGUCAGUAUCUCAGGGCGCAUCAACCACAUGCUACGUUGCUUUGAGCCAGCAAAUGGAAGGUGUAAGUGGGAAAUACUUUGCAGACUGCAACGAGAGUGACUGUUCAGCUCUAGCAAAUGAUGAAGCAGAAGCACAAAAGUUGCGGAAGCAGACUCGUGCACUUUUACACAGACGACUAUGCUAUCCAGCAGCAUAGUAGUAGACCUGCAGACUUUCAGAACCAUCGUGUAUAUAAGCUCAUUCAUGUAAUAUGUCGAAUGGCAUUGCAGAAGCCUUUUUAAAAGAUCAAAGUACAUGCCAAUAAAGGGACACAAAAUUUUCCCCCUACUCAUCAUCCCAAGGUUGUAUUACUUCACUUUAUGCUAAUAUAAUAAAGUAUACAACUUUUUU